UACCUCAUCUUCACCACAAUGAACAAGAAAAGGUAAGAAGAAAUGUCUUUCUAUAUCUUUCGCUCAGUCGACAAAGAGGACAAGGGAAGAAAAAUAUCUCUCAUCGUUUAAUCCAAAUUUGCUGGGCAGGAGGGUCCCCGUCGUCGGCGAUUAUAGCUGGGAAAUGAGGGAUUCGAAUAUCUCGAUCCGCAACCACCAUGAAUGGUUGGCGACUGAGGAGCCUGCGUCGGAGGGUCCGCGGAGAGUGUUGGAGAAAGGCGGCAGUGGCAGGGAAGGUGGAGGCCGAUGCAGAGGAAGAGGAUGCCGGCGACGGUGACACAUUGACAACGAUGGCGACAUUCGAUUGGAAAAAGUCUCCUCCGCAACUGACUUCAAUGGCAACAUUUGAUUGUCCACCCAGAAAUUGGCACGCUGAAAGAGUCAAUGAGACUGACUUGCUGGAUGAAAGCGAGAGAUGCAGAGUAACAAUGGCCGAAGAGGAGGGGCCUUACCUAAGAGGAAGAGGCGGACUCACCGGUGGCUGGUGAAGACGACGGUACCAUGUUCUGUGUUCAUGGUUGAAUUAAGUCCUUAUUCUCGGUUGACAGUUCCCAUGGUAGUGUUACUGGUGUUAUAAAGUUUGAACUUGGACCUGAAAUUACUCCCAAAAGAGAAACUCCAAUGAGAUAUAGAGGGAUACAAGAUUG